AUGGUGAAACUGCGGGACGUGGCGCGUCCCCUGAAGUCCCGGCGGGAUGCAACCAAAACUGAAGCCGCAGCGGACGGUGCCGCCCGCCAGUUCGAGCGCUGCCGGAAAGACUUGGCUGCCAAGAAGGCACUGGUCAAGAAGAGCAGCGUCGAGCUGAAGAAGUUGUGCCGCUCCAUCUUGAAGGAAGCGAAGCCCAUUGAAGUACUGUCAGCCAAACGCCGCAAGCUCUUCGAUGCCGCCAUGAAGAAGAUGAUUCGGGACGCACUCUCCCUGAAGAAGGACAACGAUUAUGCGCUUCCGGUGGGAAAGAUCUGCAUGAGCAUUCCGAACGUGGAUGCGGAGCUGUUCAACGAAGUGCUGAUGGAGAUCAAGGAAAGUGCCAUAGAAGCCAUUGGAGACAGCGACGCAGGGGAGGAAGAGAUGGAGCAAGAGCAGGAGGACGACGAGCGUGAAGAGGCCGACACUUCGACCGAAGACAAGGGUCGUGCUUGCCUGGUGCAAGUUGCGGAUUACCUUGCAGCGAACAAGGCGGGGGUUGUCCUUGCUUCGUUGAAGGGUACGAAGUAG